UAGCGGCGCCGCGAACAGGUGCUGCGGGGGCGGUGCGGGAGGCGGUACCCUUGCUUCCGGAUCCGGUCUCAGUGACCGAGAUGCUGCGGGUGCUGAGGGGGCGGGCCGGGCCCGCGCUCGGGAGACUACCGGUUGCUGCACACACCAUGGCUGGAGCGCCCACGGUCUCGCUCCCUGAACUCCGUUCACUCCUAGCCUCGGGCCGGGCCCGGCUCUUCGACGUGCGCUCUCGGGAGGAGGCGGCAGCUGGGACCAUUCCUGGGGCGCUCAACAUCCCGGUGUCCGAGUUGGAGAGUGCUCUGCAGAUGGAGCCAGCAGCCUUCCAGGCUUUGUACUCCGCUGAGAAGCCAAAGCUGGAAGAUGAGCAUCUUGUUUUCUUCUGUCAGAUGGGCAAGCGGGGCCUCCAGGCUACACAGCUGGCCCGCGACCUUGGAUACACUGGGGCCCGCCACUACGCUGGGGCCUAUAGAGAAUGGUUGGAGAAAGAGGCUUAGGCAGGAGGCGGCUUACAUAUUGCCACCUCCUGGCCCCUUAAUGGCCACCUUUGGGCAACUUCUUACAGUGUUGUGCACAUACAAGUACCAAAUAAAGAGCAUUUAAUCGGAA